AUGGCCAACUCUUUACUGUCGCUAUAUUCUGACAGUUGGACACUGUCAGAACGGCCAGGAAGCAAUCUGAUUAAGUUUGAUGCUCCCGCUUCUGAUUCCGGAUCAAGUGUGAUCCUAGACCGUUCAAAUGCAGUGGAAGGCUCCAUUGAUAGCGUUUCACCUCAACAACUACGCAGGUUCACCGCCGACGUUGAUAUACAGCGAGUAGGUGACCUGUCGGUUCUCUCGAUGGCCCAGCGGAGCCUCGAGACGCUACGCCGAGUCGAGGAAAGCAUGCAUACAGAUAACGUAUUUUUGACAGAAGUGAUGGUGAUGCAUAGGCUUGCAUGGGAUAUUGAUGUUUACUCCCAGACCAAAAGUGAGUUCCCUUUGGAAAAUGUACCCAUUAAGUGCAACAUUUUGAAAACGCUCUUCGAACUACUGCGGGAUUACCAGGAGUCGAAGCCUGAGCUGCCUUUGGAGAAUGUCGCAAAGGUGCUCCACUAUCUUAAUAAGCUGAUCCAGGCGUCACAGCUGGAGGUGCCGGCACCGCAGUCUUUGGCGCCUCAGCCGCUUGCCAAAGUUUCCUCAGCUACUCAACCCCUGCGGAAGACACGUACAGGCGUCUCAUCGCGCAGUUCGCACGUGGGUGGACACGACUCCUACAGCUCCAACAUAGUCCGUGAGACCCCUGUUUACAACUCUCGCGUUAGUAUGCACAGUGGCUCCGGGAAGUCCCGGAUCUUCAGCAAGUUCUUCACACCCGCUAGAAGCCGCGAGUCUAUGCACACCAGAAGCACGAUAACAGUACAGCCUGUUAACAAUAUGGCGGCUACUGCGAAUACCAGCUCUACCGCGACAACCAAUUCGGGCUCUUUGACAUCGGGCGGUUCCGACAGCGAACCGUUGGCGCCGGAUCCAGUCCUGAUAUCUCACAAACUGCAGGAUAUUGAAUCUAUGAAAAACUAUAAAGAAAGCAUUGUUGCCCUGGCAAAAACUCUUCGUUCGCUUCCACAAACCGACCAAAACACCAUCAUCUUUCACUUUGUGGAUAAGAGUAUCGUACCAUUCAUACUGAAAGAUUGCAAAUUACUUCUAAUGCAUUAUCUCCACGAGGAAGUUAUUCUAAAGCUCUGA